AUGCUUCUUCUCCUGGAAGCGGACUUCCACUCGAGCAAGCCGGCCAAGGCUGACAACUCCAGUUGCUGCAUGGCUCCACUAGAUAAUGCAGUCUUCCAGUUACCACUAGCAGACCCCGUAUCUGCAGCACACACUUCCAUUUUUCUCUCUACUAUUUCAUCGUCACAGGUUUUGCCAUCACCACAUCCCAUCCAGACCAAUGGGGAUACAAAUGGAAGACACGGUUCAGAUGAUGAUUUUGUGACAACCCUACCUGGUGUUGAAUUAGACCUUUCGAAGUCUCCUGAUGAAAAGAUACUAUUUGAUGUUGAAGAAAGUCUUACUAUAACAAUUGCUCCUAAUCAGGUAAAGCCGGUAGAUCCUCCAUCAGGAAAGCAGACCAAAACGUAUAUCUGGAACCUUUUCUCUUGGUUAAGGGGAUUUUUGCCUUGGAAUCUCGUUCCUAGAGACAAUCAGCUUGAUGAAAUCAUUUUUCUAAAUGACUUCAAACACAACCUAGACAACUUCCUACAACAAACCGGAGACAUAGAAAGCGAUAUUCAUUUACAAAACCUUUCGAGUAACUCGCUUGCUCCCCACAAUAUUCCAGACUAUGUGCUUCAACAUGCUCCCUUGGUUCACCUUUUCUCUGACGAGAAUUUCUGGCCUUGUGAUAUUGGAAAACAUCUUCACUACGUUACACCAUACUUGAACUACACUCCUCUCAAGGCUACAUGGGAACAUCCACUUCUGGACGACCUCGACAAAUUAAAUAAUUGGCAGAGUGGCCGCCACGUUUUCCUGACGAGUAACGACAACGUAGAACGUCGACCAGAAUGGCUAACGGGCCGGGAAAACAUCCCGGCGCCCCCUAAUAAGGAGCAAAGUUCAACAGAAGGACAAGGACCUAGUUAUAAAGGCCACGCAAAAAAACAAGGUGGCAAAAGUAAAGCCCCCGCUGUGCUCAUAGUAGUCGACAAAGGGGACGGUAUCGUCGAUGCCUUCUGGUUCUACUUCUAUAGCUACAACCUUGGCAAUAUGGUAUUUAACGUUCGCUUCGGGAACCACGUAGGUGACUGGGAGCAUUCCCUUGUUCGGUUUUAUAAUGGGGUUCCUACGUUCGUCUUUCUUAGUGAACAUUCUGGUGGAAAGGCAUACACAUAUGAUGCCAUGGAGAAAUCUGGAAAACGGCCCGUACUCUACUCCGCAACCGGAACCCACGCCAUGUAUGCCCUGCCGGGCAUACAUUCAUACAUUCUCCCUUGGGGCCUGCUUCAUGACCAAACAGACACUGGACCCCUCUGGGACCCGGCACUCAACCUCUACGCCUAUACCUACGCUGUCCAUAACGACAGCCUCUACCCCUCUCAAUUGACGCCUGACGCACCUGUUGAAUGGUUCGAUUUCCGCGGCCACUGGGGGGACAAAAUCUAUCCUUUAAGCGAUCGCCGCCAGUACAGUUUUGCCGGGCAGUACCAUUAUGUGAGCGGGCCAUUGGGCCCAAGGUUCAAGAAUUUGGGGAGGAAGAAGGUAUGCCAGGGGCCCGACGAGGAAGUUUGUGUUAUCCGAAAUGAGAUUGGGGUCAUGGAGCCACGAGAUAUGUUCAAGGGUUGGGACUGGGCAGAAACCGGACUAGGGGAGGAUGAUGAUGUGGAUCAGGCUUGA